AUGUCGAGCGGUUUGACGGCGCGCCGCCUCAUUCUGCAGCAGCUUACUGCAGUCGCGCAGCACAGCCCACUCAUGUCACCCCUCGCUGCCGUGUACGCAAAUCAUGCCACAGCCACCGCUUCUGGGAAAGGCCAGAGCAGCAGCAAGACCACUGAUCGCUCAUGGUUCAGUUUUCUCAUCCGCCCGGAGCACAGCCGCGGCACCUUCACGCUCAUGACGGAGGAGGAGGUGACGUACCUGCGGCGCCGUCGUGAGGAGGACGGCGAGGAGGGGCGAGUGGUGCUCUCCACUCGGCCGACGCGCAGCUUGAUCAAGGGCACGGCUGGUUGCGCUCUAAACGUGCUGCUUUCGUUUUUACUAUCGCCCAUCUUGGCUCUCUCCGUUGCGCUCGAGGCGGUGCGGCUUCGCGGGGCACGGCCCGUCACACUCAUUGUCGCGCCUGUUGUGGGUCUGACGUGGGGGGCAGUGUUCAUCGUCGUUGCCUGGUACGCCGCGCUGCAGCAGCUCGUGCUGCUGCUUCUGUAUCAGCUCGAGGCGCCAGCGGUGUACCUGUUCCGAAGCGGCUGCUGCUGGAACGAGCUUGCAUGCCGCUACGAGUACCCGUCCGGUGUGGUCGGCAGCGCCCACCCGCUGCUCGCACUGCACGCGUCGGCAGAUAAGCUGCGGGAGCGCGCAAUGCGGCGAGAGUCGCGGCGGCGGCACAACAGCAGCAGCAGCAGCAGUGCCACGUACAAGGGCAAGGGCGGCGGCCAGUCGGCGCAUGACAGCAGCGACUACUACGCCGUGCUGGGCGUCUCACGCGACGCGACGGGGCGGCAGAUCAAGGAAGCCUACAACCGCCUCGUGCUGACGGUGCACCCCGACAAGAACCCGAGCAAGUCGGCAGCCGCGCACUUCGACGCAGUCACAAAAGCGUACCGCGUGCUCGGCAACGAAGAGAAGCGGCGCAAGUACGACAUUGGCGGCAAGAGCGGUGUGGAGGACAUCGGUGAGAAGAAGCGCGACGCGGUGCGUGCGUUAUUUGGCGGCGACGCCCUCAACGCGAUUGUGGGUGAUGUGAAGACUGGCAGCUUCUCACAGCGCGUCGUCGACGGCCUCGACUGGACGCAAGAGGAACUCGCAGUGUGCCGGCAACGGAUGCAGGAGCGGUGCCGCGAUGAGCUGCUCACGUCCUACCUGGAGCCACUGCAGAACAGCAGCGGAAGCAAUGCUGGACUUGCCGAGCUGAAGCCGCGCUUGCAGCGGCUGCUCAACACGGGCCUCGCGAAGGAGGUGCUGUACGCCGUUGGGCAGGAGUACCUCCGCGUUGCGCAGUACAGCGAGGCGGCGGGUCCGCUGCAGCGGCUGCUGCUGCUGCAGGAGGUCGCGCCUCACCGCGUGCGGCGGCGGCUGGAGAAGUGGCGGUGUCUGGCCCGCGUCCGGCAGCACACUUUCACCGACUCCGCGGCGAUGGUGGACCUCGCGUGGUACACAUCGGUAGAGGAGCUCGAGUGCACGGCACGGUGGGUGGCAACAGCAGUACUUCUCGACCCGAAGCUCACAGCGGAGGAGCGACGCCACCGCCGGGACGCGCUGUGCCUGCUCGCCAAGACGUUUGUUGCGUACGGGCAGCCAUAUAAGGGCGCGAACAGGCAGACAAUGGACAGCUUGAUGAACUCGCUGCGGGAGUACCAGCAGGACCAGCAAAAGAGGCGCUCCGAGUAG